AUGGUAUGGUAUGGUAUGGUACAGAGGGAAGAAGGUUAUGUCGUCUUUAAAGUUGGGGUGAAUGGGUGGAGUUGGUUGGGUGGACCGGUCAUAGAUGCGGAAGUCGAUAUACAUAAUGAGGGUGUUGGAUUUAUAGUGGUGAUGGUGAGGGUGAUGGUGAUGGGUUAUGAGUAUAUUGGAGUGGAAGAAAUAAUUAAUUGA